AUGGGUCAUAUUAUAGCUAUUUUUCACCAUGGAGGUCGCAUUUAUAAAGGUCAAUAUGUGUCGAAAUUGGGAAACAUUGUAUUUAGCAUAGAUAAGGAUCACUUCUCUUUGACCGAACUGAAAUCGUAUGCAAAAGACAUUGGAUAUGAUGAAGUUGAUGCUUUUUUUACUGAAGACCCUAUUACCCAUAAUUUUGUCAAGAUAGAAAGUGACAGCCAACUAUAUAACUUUGUUAAAGAUUUGUGGAGUGGGUCAUUUUUUAAGUUGUUUUUGAAGCAUGUGACUGUUAAAAAGGGGGGGUCCACUGCUACACCUACUUUGGGACCAUUUUCUGUUGAAAAUAAUAAUCAAGAAUUGGGAAAUUGCUCUAGGGUUUCACACACUGAACAUGGUAUAAAUGGGGAAGGUGAAGUUGAACAACCAUUAGAUGAAGAAAAUGAUGAUUCUCUUAACUUUGAAGAGGAUAACUUAGAUGAUGUUCCAGAUCAGGAUGAUAGUGAAGUUGAUGAAGAAUUGAGAGCUUUUAGAGAAAAACUUAGGGAAGACAAACAAAAUGAAGCUGCAAAGCAAAAAAAGAGAACUAAAAAACUCUCAAAGGAUCAAGGUGUUGAGCUUGGAGAAGUUGGCAUAGAUAAGGGAUUUGAGAAUAUCUUCACCAAUAAGGCAGCCAAAUUUAAUGGGAAAUUGGGAGGUGAUGAAUUGUUUAUUGAUUCAUCAGAUGAACCAAGUGAAGAUAAUGAUGAGGAGCUAGAUGUUCUAGCACAACCAGGUGUUGAUUUACCUUCAAGAAGAAAAAGCAACAAAUUGAGGUAUGAUUCUUCUUCAUCCGUUUCUUUCUUUGAGUUGGGUAUGAUAUUUGAGAGUGCAACUCAAUUUAGAAAGGCUGUUGCUGAUUAUGCUGUUCAACAUAAGGUUCAGUUAAGGCUUAAGCCCAAUGAACCUCAUAGAGUUAGGGUAAAAUGUGAAGGGAAGUGUAAAUGGGAAAUCUUUGCAAGCUUGGAUAAAGAUUCUGGAAUUUUUUUUGUGAAGAAAUACUAUCCUGCUCAUAGAUGUAUUUCAAAGAAUAAGAACAGGUUGUGCACAACCAAAUAUGUGGAAAUGAAGAUGAGGGAUAGAAUAAUAUCUCAACCUGACAUGAGAGUUCAUAAGCUUCAAGAGAUACUAAAAAAAGAAUGGGGCUUAAAAGUGGGAAGAUCAAUAUGUUUCAGGGCAAAAAUGAAUGUUAUUGCCAAGUUCUUGGGUGAUUGGAAGCUUGAGUUUUCAAGGUUGUUAGACUAUGCUGACAUGAUUAAGAGUACAAAUCCUGGGAGUUCUUGUUGGGUUAGAACUGAUAAUGAAACAGUCAAUGGCUUACACUUGUUCAAAUAUUUCUAUGUUUGCUUUGCUGCAUUGAAAAAUGGAUGGCUGGAAGGUUGUAGGAAGAUUAUAGGAUUGGAUGGAUGCUUUCUGAAGGGUGCUUGUAGAGGAGAAUUAUUAGUGGCUGUUGGAAAAAAUGGAAACAAUCAAAUGUAUCCAAUAGCUUGGGCAGUGGUUGAUCAAGAAACUAAACACUCUUGGAGUUGGUUCUUAAACUAUCUCAUUGAAGACUUGCAACUUGGUGAUGGAAGUGGCAUAACAGUCAUGUCUGACAUGCAAAAGGGUCUUGAGGUAGCAGUUGAAGUCUUACUUCCUAAUGCUGAAAGAAGAAUGUGUGCAAGACAUAUUUGGGCAAAUUGGCAAAAAAGAUGGAGAGGUGAGGAAAGGAGAAAAGCAUUUUGGAGGUGUGCCAAAGCUAGCUUUGAGGUUAAAUUGAGAGAUGAAUUUGAAUAUUUGGGAAAAUUGGGUGAUAGAAUAUGUGAGGCAUUGCUUGGAUAUAACAAAGAAUAUUGGUGUAGAGCUUUAUUUAGUGAAAGAUCAAAGUGUGAUGUGGUGGAAAAUAAUAUGUGUGAAACAUUUAAUUCAUGGAUUGUUGGUCCUAGACAUAAAUCUGUGAUUAGUAUGCUUGAAGAUAUUAGACAUAAAAUGAUGGAUAGGCAUGGAGAUAUGAUUAAGUUUGUAGAUACUUGGAUCGGUGACAUUUCACCUAUGGCAAGAUUGAUUUUAGAAGAAAACAAAGAGAUUGGUAGGACACUAAGGGUGAAUUGGAAUCAUGACAUUGGAUUUGAAAUUCAAGAAGGAGAGUAUAGACACAUAAUUGACAUGACUAGAAAGACAUGUAGUUGUAGGUUGUGGCAAUUGAGGGGCAUACCUUGCCAACAUGCAGUUUGUGCCUUAUAUCACAUUGGGCAAGAACCAGAAGAUUAUGUGGAACAUUGGUACAAAAAAGAUACAUUCCUAAGAGCUUAUAAGUACUUCUUACAACCCAUCUCCAAUAUGAUAAUGUGGCCUGACACCAAUAACCCACCAGUUGAGCCUCCUGAAGUGAAGCCGAUGCCUGGAAGACCAGGUAGAUGUAGAAGAAAAGAUAAAGAUGAACCGAGAAAAAAGAAGUGGGGGAAAGCAUCAAAGAAUGGAGUGAAGAUGUCAUGUUCCAAAUGCCAUCAAGUUGGGCAUAACAAAAGAACUUGUAAAUCAGUGCCCACACAACAGCCUGCAAGGCCUUUUCAACAACCACCAGUGAGGCAGCCUUCACAACCACCAUUGAGGCAGCCUAGCACUAGAAAUGCCUCUUCUUUAUGUGCAGAUACUUCAAAGGUUAAAGGAAGGAAAAAAAAGGAGCCAAUUGCAAGUGCAACAUCUUCUUCAGUUGGAAUGCCACCACCGUCUUCAGUUGGAAUGCCACCAGCUCUUUCAGUUGGAAGAAAAAGAACAAGAGAUGUGGGAUUUGGUGUUUACACAGACAUACAAACUGGAAGAGAAGUGAUUAACCCAGGAAGAUCAAGUGAAAGGGUUAUCUCAAGUGGAACAGGGAUAGCAUUUAAAGAUGCAUCACAAACAAAUGUUGAUCUUGGAUUCAAGCCACCUGGUUUGAAAUGGAAAGGAAAAGAUGCAAUGACUAGAAAUCAACUUCAACAAUUGUCAAAGAAAAAGGUGCAAAGCAAAUCCAAGGGCAAGUGGGUUCCAUAA